AUGGCAAGCAACGACGGAAACAGCCCAGAAUAUACAAGUCUACUUGAGACACUCACCGACAGCUUACACGACCUGCAAAAGAUCCAUGCCCGUCUAACGCUUUCGCACGUCAAGAGGCAACUCGAAGCAAGCCUUCACGACACGGAAGCACUCCCGCAUAAGGAAGUCUUUGCCAUAAGUUCAAAGAUUGUCGACGUCCUUUAUGCAACGGAUCGUUUGUUACAGCCGGGGAAUCUAGUUCUAGCCGAUCAUUUCCUUGGGUACGCUGAUUCACAAUGCCUCCUUGCCACUGUCCGCCAGAAAGUCCCCGACAUUCUGUCUUCUGGCCCAAUGAAGGUGCAUGAUCUCGCCUUGGCAGCUGAUGCCAGGGAAGAUCGUUUCAGGCAGAUCAUGCGGGUCGUGCAUUGCAAAGGCAUCUUCUCCUACGACCGAGCUUCGGAUGAGUAUUCCAACAAUCAUCGAUCCGAACUGCUGCGAUCGGACCACUGGACUGGCUGGAGCAAUUGGGUGGAACUCUACACUUCGCAGUUCUAUGAAAUGGCCAAAGGCAUUCCAGAUUCGAUCAAGAAGGAUGCUACCCGUGGGGCUGCACAAUAUGCCUUUGACACCGAGCUGGACAUGUUCACAUAUUUUGAGAAGCAGGGCUGGCUUCCACAACUACACAAAACUCUGGGCGCCGGUGCAUUGGCACAAUCUCCAGGGAUCUUGACUGACUAUCCCUGGGCGGAAGUGGGAAAUGAAACGGUCAUUGAUAUCGGCGGUGGAGGUGGCGCUCUAAUUGCUUCCCUCCUUCGCGGCAAUCCAUCGAUGAAAGGCGGUGUCUACGACUUGCCAAGUGUAAUUGACCAUAUCCGCCCGUUCUUCGCCCCAAACGGCGAAUAUGGCGACAUAGGAAGUCGUGUCGAUCCGAGUUGCCUCCAGGCUGGCGACUUCUUCAAAGAGAUCCCCCCCAACAAUGUCUAUGUCAUGAAAUGGGUCCUCCACGACUGGCUAGACGAGGAUGCGAUCAAGAUCUUGAAGAACAUCCGACGAGCGAUUCAAAAAGGUCCCGAAAGUCGACUGGUGGUUCUUGAGAGCAUCCUCUCGGACACCAGCUCUGGGAGACUUUCGCGAUACGGUGACAUCAACAUGAUGAUAACCGCCAAAGGUCGCGAGAGGACAGAAGCAGAAUGGUACGAGCUCGCAGAGCUGACGGGUUUCAAGAUUGUAGGCAUUCAUCCUUUGAGAAACGCCUGGGUUGCUGCGAUCGAUAUGAGGCCUGUCUAG